AAUCAUCAUCACUAAACGUCAACAACAACAACAUCAACAAAAUAUUAUUAAUAAUAUUGUGUUUACAUUAUUUAAUUAUAAUAAAAAUUAAUAACAAUGAGUUAUCCACCAGUAAUUCAACCAACAAAUCAUUCAAUGACUGAUGCAGACAUAAAAUAUUAUCUUAAAAAAUUAGAAUUUCCAAAUUGUGCUAAAGAAGCACUUGUUGCUAUUGCAAAUUUACCAAGAAUGUCAGCAUCAACAGCAAGACAACAAAUACAAAUACAAACAGAGUUGAUGACUGAAUUUGUAUUUGGCGAAAUUGACAAAUUGAAACAAUUAAAAAGUUCACGUGCACUACAAGAAUUACAAUUAAUUGAAGUAUUGAGUGAAUUUUUUCGUUGUCCAGAACAUAGUCCAGCAGUUAAAAAUGCUGUAUUUUUAUUAUUAUUUCCAGCAGAAUAUCCACGUUAUGAAAUACUUGGUAAUUUAUCAUCAUUAUCAAUAGCAACACAAAAUACCGAGGUACUUGAUUCAACUGGUAUGUGGAUGCAACAACUUGGAUCAACAUCACCACAAAGUGUUGCACUUGCAAAACAUAUACUUGAUGAAUUUUUUAUUUAUACACUAAAUGCUAUUGAUAAAUUAAAUAUGCUACCAAGUAUUGUACCACAUUUUACAGCAAAUUUAUUAACAGCUAUUGGUGAAGUAUAUAAAGAUGUUGAUCCACCAAAUAAGCUAUUAAAACUUGCUGGUGAUUGGAUUGAUGAUAAUCCAGAUUUAUUAACAACAUCAUUGAUUGACAAUCCAGCUUUACCAUCUGGUGGAAUUCCAAUGACACCAAUAACACCAAUUGCUGGACUAUUUAGAUGGUGUAUAUUAAAUCCAGUAAGACCAAAAGUUGAAAACACUGACAAGGAUAACAAUGAUAAUAAUAGUUUAAAAUUUUAUUCAAAAAUCCAACAAUUAUUGAUGGAUGCUGUGUUGAGAUUAAAAACAUCAAAUGGUAAUAAACAUGCAAUAUCAGCUCAACAUCUUGCUCAAACAACACGUGAUUUAACUGGUCUUCUUGAUCAAUCAAGAAACAAUGAAAAAGAAUGUAAUCUUGCUUUGGAAAGACUUGCACAAGCAGUCAGUACAGCAUUGUCUGUUAAUUGUAUUUAUGGAUAUCAACAAGAAUUAUUCGCACUUUUACAGCCACUUGCAAGUAGACAUUUUUUAAUUGACUGGAUCAUCAUGACAUAUGGAACAAAAUCAACAAUUGUUUGAUAAAUAAUUAUUGUUAUUGUUGAUAUAUAAAUAAUAUUGUACAAAAUAUAAUUAAUUCAAUUUUAUAAUGAAAAUAAAUAUUUAAAAAUUUAAAUAUCCCGCUAUUUUCUUGUUGCAAAAAAAAAAAAACAACAUGGAUGAAUUUUGUUUUGUUUUUUUUUUUGUUUUUAAUAGAAUUAAAAAUUGUUAUAAACAUUUAUGUUGAAAUUGGUGACUUGCUAAUUAUUUGUUUUUUUCUGAUUGAAUUAAGUAUAAAGUGGAAUUGAAAUGUCGUUUUAUUGAUUUUAUUAAACAGUUGUGUGUAA